AUGGCGGUUUUUAGCUCACAGGUGCUUCUAGCUGUAACAAGAUCAAGGGGAUCCUACUUGCUUUCUAAAAGACAAGGUUGUGCUUCACUCCCGUCGACCGCAUGCAUACGCUACCAUUCGGAGUUCCUCAGCCGGGUUGCCGUCACAGCCAGGUGUCCCAGGCCGCUGUACCCCUGUUACACAUCCAGCUUCAUCCGCCCUGGUUGCAUAGCUGCACGUCCCCUCCACAGUUCAUGUGCUUGGCUUCAAGAGGUGAAGGACACCCCUGAACCUGUCAAGGGUGAGCCUGUCCUUGCCGCCUGUGGCACUCAACUACCUCCAGCACCACCAGCAGUGCCAAGAAAGUCCCUGGGACAGAGAGUCCUGGAUGAGCUCAAGCAUUACUAUCAUGGCUUCCGUCUUCUGGGCAUCGACACCAAAAUCGCGGGCAGGAUGGCCUGGAGGUUACUGCACGGGCAGCAGCUCACCAGGAGGGAGAGGAGGAGGCUGAUGCGGACAUGUGCCGACUUGUUCCGGCUUGUGCCCUUCAUGGUCUUUGUCAUCGUUCCCUUCAUGGAGUUUCUACUCCCCGUAUUCCUCAAACUCUUUCCAGAAAUGCUGCCCUCUACAUUUGAGACAGAGUCCAAGAAGGAGGAAAAACAGAGGAAGGGACUUGCUGCUAAACUAGAGCUGGCCAAGUUCUUACAGGAGACCAUUGCUGAGAUGGCCAGGAGGAACAAAGCAGCUGUUGGAGAUGAGACUCAGAAGUUCUCGACUUACGUGCAACAGGUGAGGCACACCGGUGAACAGCCCAGCACUAAAGACAUUGUGAAGUUCUCCAAGCUCUUUGAGGAUGAGCUGACGCUGGAGCAUCUGGAGCGGCCGCAGCUGGUGGCCUUGUGCAAACUGCUGGAGCUGCAGCCCAUCGGCACCAAUAACCUGCUGCGUUUCCAGCUGAUGAUGCAGCUGCGCACCAUCAAGACUGACGAUGAGAUGAUCGCCAAGGAGGGUGUGGCCGCAAUGACUGUAGCUGAGCUCCAGGCCGCCUGCAGGAGUCGCGGAAUGAGAUCUUUGGGUCUGACCACAGAUCAGCUCCGACAGCAGCUGCAGCAGGGUGGUGUUGUCACCUGGCUGGACCUGCACUUGAAAGAGAAUGUCCCACCAUCCUUGUUGCUGCUCUCUCGUGCAAUGUACCUGACGGACCUCACUCCUAAAACUCCAGUCAUCCCACCGGUGCCCAAACUGGAGAAAGCCACUCCUCCUCCUGUGGAGGCCGAAACCACAGCCAAAGGGAAUCCGCUGUCCUCCUCAGUGGAGGUGCUGGUGGACUCUGCUCCGGUCAUCAAAGACAGAAAGUCUGAAGAAUUGUUGGAGAAACCCAGAGGGUUGGACAUGCCAUCACCUGAAGCUCAGUUAAUACAUAUAUUUGCUUUGUUUAUCCCAUAA